GGGGGACUGGCGCGGGGCGUGUCCUGUGCGCACGGGCUGCCCCUUAGCUGCUCCGCUUGACGCGGGCUGGCCGGGAUGUGACUGCGGCGUCUGCGGCCCGCGGACAAUGUUCUCCCUCCUGGGCGUGACGACCCUGGUGCUGGCCGCCGGGCUGCCACGGCUGGUGCGCUCAGCCGCAGGACAAACGAAUCUAAAAUCUCCUGAAAAUGUAGAGGUCUACAUCAUUGAUGACACCUUUAGCCUGAAGUGGAACAGAAGCAAUGAGUCUGUCACAAAUGUGACUUAUUCAGUAGAUUAUAAAACACCUGAAAUAGAUGAGUGGAUAAAACUGCCUGACUGUCAAUAUAUUACUAGUACCAAAUGCAACUUUUCUUCACCUGAUAUAAAUGUUUAUGAAGAAAUGAAAUUGCGUAUAAGAACAGAAAAAGGAAACAAUGCUUCUCCAUGGUAUGAGGUUGACCCGUUUACACCAUUUCAACAAGCUCAAAUUGGUCCUCCAGAAAUACAUUUACAAGCUGAAGAUAAGGCAAUAAUAAUAAACAUCUCUCCACCUGGAACAGAAGAUAGUAUCAUGUGGGCUAUGGAAAGUUCCAGCUUUAUAUACAGCUUAGUGAUGUGGAAAAAUUCUUCAGAUGUAGAAACCAGGACUGAAACUGAGACUGUUUAUGCCAGAGCUAAAAUUCAUAAACUCUCACCGGAGACUACUUACUGUUUAAAAGUUAAAGCAAGAUUACGUUGGCAGACAAAAGUUGCUUUGUAUAGUCCAGUGCAUUGUAUAGCUACCACAGUUGAAAAUAAACUGCCUCCGCCAAAAAAUAUACAAGUCAUUGCUAAAAAUCAGGUCUAUGUUCUUAAAUGGGAUUACACAUAUGAAAACGUGACUUUUCAAGCUCAGUGGCUCUCUGCCUAUUUAAAACAGAUUCCUGAGAACCAUUCAGGAAAAUGGAAACAAAUACCAAACUGUGAAAGUGUCAGAACUACCCAGUGUGUCUUUCCUCAAAAUCGUUUUCAGAAAGGAAUUUACUUUAUCCGUGUACAAGCAUCCGAUGGAAAUAACACAUCAUUUUGGUCUGAAGAGGAAAAAUUUGAUACUGACACACAAACUCUCAUACCACCUCCAGUCAUUAAUCUGAAGCCCAUUAAUAACUCCCUGCGUGUCUAUAUUGGCGCCCCAAAAGUCUCUCAGAACAAGUCUGUGUACCAGCAUUACCCACUAAUUUAUGAAAUUACUUUUUGGGAAAACACUUCAAACGCUGAGAGGAAAAUUGUAAAGAAAAGAACUGAUUUUACUUUUCCUGACUUGAAACCAUUGACUGUAUAUUGUGUCAAAGUCAGAGCCGUCAUUGAGGAUGCAAAGUGGAAUAACAGCAGUGUUUUUAGUGAUACUGUAUGCGAGAAGACAAAACCAGGAAAUACUUCUAAUACCUGGCUUAUAGCUGGAAUUUGCACUGUAAUUUCUAUCCCAGCUGUCCUUUACGUUGUGAAAGUUCUCUGGAAAUUUAUCCUUUAUGUGUUCUUUCCAUCAAGUAAACCUCCUUCCACUAUAGAUCAGUAUUUCUCCGAACAGCCACUAAAGAAUCUAUUUCUUUCCACUUCUGAGGAACAAAUUGAAAGAUGUUUUAUAAUUGAAAAUAUAGACACUAUUUCUACAAUAGGAAUUAAUCAAAUUGAUGCAAAUCACAAAAAAUUUAAUUCCCAAACUAGUCAAGAUUCAGGAAACUACUCAUAUGAAGAUGAAAACAGUGGAAGUAAAACAAGUGAAGAAUUUCUACAAGUGGGAACUAUGUGACCAGAAAUGAACUCUGAAAUAUUAGGGAGUUCUGUGGAGUUACACGGGGAACCUGAGCUCCUUGCUUCUCUCAGUAACUAUCAAGAGGAUAUUUGCUUGUUGGAGAAGAAAAAACGUCUCAGAUCAUAGCUCCUAAAAAUACAGGCAAGCACUUAACUAUUCACAAGUGAAAUUACAGGAAUUUGGAAAGAAGUCUUUUCCAUGUGUAACGUCUUGAAAGACUGAUCAUUGGGCUUGUCUUACCUGAGAUGAGUUAAAGCCAGAAGAGGCCGGCUGUGUUUCUAAUGGUAUUGUAAGUCCUUCUGUGCAGUGUCCUGUUAGUGCUACCACGGCGCUGCUGGGCUGCCUGUGGCACGGAUUCCGUCUCCUUUCCCGUGUUGCCCAUUAUGUUUCAAAAGAUACUUGGAACAUUUGACCUUUUCUUUUGAUGCUAAAGCAGCCCCUUAGGAGAUUUGUUUAGAAAAGCUGAAUACUGCUACCACUAAAAGAAAUUCUGAAAAAAUAGCUUACUUGAAAAAACAUCUACAGAAGAUGCCAGAAACAUGAUCCUGAAAAAUUGGGGGGGGAAAUUCUACCCAUUUAUCCUGAGAACAUUGCCACCUUUACCACAGUUAUCUGUCCUUCCAUGGUUUAGGAUGAAAACCAGGUAAUCUUCUGCUAUACACGAAGAUGUCCUGAUUCAUAACUUAUUAGAGUAGCUUCUGAUUAGAAUCAGUCACUAAAGUUAUAGAGAAAUAGGAAAUUACCUAAUUAGAGAAAUUACUAUUAUUUUUUAAGAUAACGGGGAGUACGUCGUGGUCAGUCACAGUGUAUGCAAGAAGCCUUCAAACCAGAAAAUGCUACUGAUAGAAUAGACAGAGUAAGAAGUAGAAUAAUUCAGUAGGAAAGAAGAAGGCGACCUUAGUGAAAAAUAAGAAUAAUUCAUGUAAGCGACUUUUAAUUAUUAACAUCCUAUGGAGUUGUUCGUGUUUAUGGUUUAUCUGUGUCAUUUUUAAUACAAGGCCAGCCUCUUGACUCCGCGUGGCAGUGUGCGGGUCCCCCUUCUGCUCUGCCUGCAUGGACUCAGGACGAUGCAGAUUAUUUAUUAUCAGGAUGAGGGAGGAAAUUGAACUGGGAAGAACACCUUACUUUAGAAAGUAUAUAAUCAUAAUGCUUUUCAAAGGCAUCUCUAGCUUAUUUUUCUAUUAUUUGAUAUUUGGGAUCAUUCAUGGAGAUCCUUCGUGGGAAGGAAGUCUAGGAAUUCCAGGGCAGAAUUGUCAACUCGAGCGCUUGCAGCAGGGAGCAGUGAAUGGGAAAGAAGACGAAGCUACCAGAGCAGGCUGGCACGUGCACAUGACUACGGCCACUAGCUUACCUAGCGUCUCUACCCAGGGAACAGUUCACCUGGGUGGAAGGAAAGGUUGAAAGCAGUUGCCCAGGGGGGUCAGGGUGGGGUGGGGGUGCUGUGACCUGGGCACCUCUGCAGAGCCGGCCAUGCGCUUUCCUGAACCUGUGUCCAGGCUUCCAGCAGCUAUGGUGGGGAUCAGAGAAGCCCCUCUGAGACACAGCUGUGCUGGAGAAUCCCUCCAGUGACCCCGACACACUCAUCUUUCCUCUUUUUGACCAGAAACUAUAGUUUAAAGCCAAUCUUCUGGGUUGGCCUUCCAUUUGUAAAGGCCCUGUCUGUGGAAAUGUGCCUCUUUCAAGAGAGAACGUUAGGACCGUGUCGUGACACCUGGCACCGCUGGCUUCCAUACUGUGCCAGCCCAGUGCUCCGGUCCAGCGUGCAGGCCCUGGAUUUAUCUGGGAAAAUGCUGUUUCAGGCUGGAUAUCCUAGCAGACAAUCCCUGUGUGGAAGGUGCAGGAGGGAAGCUCAUUCAAAUUCAGAGACACCGAUGAAAUUGUCCCUAAGAUGUGGGAACACGUGUCUUCAAGUUUUAAGGUCCUGGGUGGUUUUCAGGAAGCAAACAUGUGGGAAGCGGCAACAGCAAAACAAAAAACCCUCGCUUGUGCCUUGUCCUCUGGAUGGGAAAAAGCUCAGUUUCAUUUAUGGUCUGCAUGUAGCUUAAUCAGAUGUGCUUACUUGUAAGGGUAUUUUUUUUGAAGAAUACGUGGAAAUACCUUGUACUUGCGAGCACCAAUAAACUGCCUGAGAAUUACAACAGCGGUGGUUCUUGGAGAGACUGGCUAUAACCUAAGAAUUUUUGUAUCAUUACAGCCAGAACUAAUGUUACAUUAAUAUGUAAUGCAGAUAAAUGUGUACGUAAUAACUCCGGCCUGUAAACGUACCCUUAGGAGCUGGCCGUGUUCCAUUAGUAUGACCAUGAAGUACCAGUAUAGAUUCUAUAAUAAUCGGAACUGCUGCUCAGAACUGUGAACUUUAUAGAGUCUGACCAGAACUUUGCAACCUACAAAAAAGUGAUUUUACAGUAUAAUUUAGAGUUUUAUCUUUUCCCCAAGCUUUGGCCUUUAAGGCAGCCUCGGAUAGCUCUUAAGAAUUUGGAGAGUGUACAGAAACUUUCCUUCCUCCCGCUUCCUCCCGUAAACUUUGACUACCUGACCUCUUCCAUAUGUGUGUGGUCUGGUGUCUGUCUGCACCCACGAGACCAGAAGCUGUAUGACAGCAGGGACUUUCUAACUCAUGACUGUGUCCCCAGCAUCUCAACAGUGCAGUGCCUUGCACAGAGAGAGAACGCAGAAAAUAAUUACUAAAUGAAAUAACAGAAUUUGAACCAACUGGGUGUUUCAGACUGUGUGUGUGUGUUUACUGAGUUGUGGAAAGACGUACAAAUGUUUUCAAUGUUUUAUUGUGUCUCCUAUUUAAUUUGUGUUUCUGUCUUAAACCCUGUUGCUAUGAACAGUUUUAUGUAAUAAGCACUGGGUGGGGCCAAAAGUCUUCAAUUUUGUCAUUGUACUUGAACUUAAUAAACGAUGCACUGAAAGUGCUGCAACUGA